ACCACCAAGGAGACACUUGAGAGGUAGAAGUGAGACACGAUGCUGCCAGUUCUGCUGCUACUUCUACCGGCCCUUAGCCCUGCUUUGGCUUGGAUUCCAGUGGAAGACUGGGAGUCUGGCAAUGUGACUGCGUCAGUUGGUGAGUCAGGUCAGUGCCUUUGUCAUGUGUAUCUACCGGAUACCACCUUCCCUGCCGACCGUGUUGAGCACAUGCAGCAAGUCAGCAAGGAUCUGAUCCUGGAAGUGAAAAUUCAAAUGAACAAGAUGGUGAGCUAUGAGGGUAAGUUGGAGGUCUAUUUGAAGGAACUGAUGGACCUGACAGUGAGAGUGGCCAUGAUGGAGAGCAGUGGUGACAAUUACAUCAAACUGGACUUUGAGCUGCUCAGGAUCGAGCUCAGGGAGUUUGAGGCUCUGGUGUCUCAGCUUAAAGACUCCCUCAACUCCUCCUCGCCCAUGUUUGACAGUCUGUUUACUGAGAUCCACAACAUGACCCUCAUUGUGAACCAACUGGAGACUUUCGACAGAAGCAACCUGGAAGUGAUCCGCAUUGAGUUCGCUAAGCUGCAGAAGAAGCUGGAGCAGUGCCAGGAGGACCAGGAGAUCAUCAAGCCAGAUAUUGGCAACUGCAAUCACACAGGAAUCAUGAGUCUCAGCAAGCCAAUGGUGGUCCAACUGAAUGCUCAUUUGAGUUCAAGUUAUCAAUAUGGGGGCUGGGGGAAAGACUCCAAACCUGUUAGAGGCUAUGAAUCAAUGUACUACUAUGGUGCACACACCACUUCCGCUGUGUAUGACUUCUAUUUGUACUCUAACUAUGAAAAUCUCAUUUUGAGGUCUUCAUUCAAAAACUUUCACCUACCAAAUGGGUGGGAAGGUACCGGAAACAAUUACAUUGUUCACGGUAACACCAUUUAUUACCAGCACAACACACCUUUCAGUAUGUCCAAACUCAAUCUGACCAGUUCCAAAUAUGACUACAGAGUGAUCUCAGCUGCUAGUACUAAGUUCUCAUACAGUUACUCGGAAAAUCAGAACUUGGACUUUGCAGCUGAUGAAACCGGAUUGUGGGUAAUGUAUGCCUCAGAGGGGAGCAAAGGUAAAAUGAUCCUUGCUAAAAUAGAUGAGAAAUCUUUUGGUAUUGAGCAUGAGUGGAACACUAAUGUGUUCAAACAGUUGGCUGGAAAUGCUUUCAUGGCCUGUGGAGUCAUGUAUGCAACCAGGUCAGUGGAUCUGAACACAGAAGAGAUCUUCUAUGCAUUUGACACUAAGACCAAUGAGGGGAAACAUGUCAGCAUCCCCUUCCAGAAGUUCCAGGAGAAAUACACCAACCUGGACUACAAUCCCACUGAUCAGAAGCUCUACAUGUACAAUAAUGGCUAUUAUGUGGCCUACAAUGUAAAGUUUAACAAAGAAUGAUCCCUCCUCUUUGUGAUCCGCCGUAUUGUGAUUGAUACGAUUGAUCUGUAUUUACUCACUUUGUCUCUGGAGCUCUAUAAGGCUAUGUACUGUAAUGCAUGGACUUUUUACUGUUUUUUUCCACAAUAAAAUCAA